UUUGCCGUCCCGGACCGAUGCAGGCACAACACAGAGACUGCUGUCUGUAAUGAAUACGAGCUAACAAUGCGCUGUUAAUUGCCGGAGAAACGCGGACAGAUCGUAGCACACAUCACCGAGUAUCACUCCAUACACUGGGCUCAACAUUUGUUCCCUGUUUCGUGACUCUCAAGUCUUUCGCAGCUUGUUUGUCAUCUUGAUCCGAGGUCGACUCCCUUAAGCCGCCCUUUGCUGUAACGUUACUGCUGCCGGCUGAGAGUCAGUAUCAGCAUCCAUACAGGUUCAUACGAGCCACAGGUCAAUCACAGUUUAUAGACAGCUAUGGGUGGGCUGGGAAACGGCCGUCGUGGAGGAAGAUCACCCCCUCUGAUGAUUGGCGCUCUCAUCGCCUGUAUCCUGGUUCUGGGCUUUAACUACUGGGUAUCCAGCUCCCGCAACCUGGAGCUACAGACGAAGCUGUACGAGUUGGAAGGCCAGGUGCGCCGUGGAGCAGCGGAGCGAGGAGUAGCAGAGUUGAAGAAGACUGAGUUCCAGGAGGAGAUCCUGAGACAGAAGGAGCAGAUAAGCCACAUAGAAAGUCUCUACAAGAGACAGCUGGAAGGAGCCCAGAACACCUGCAGCCAAGAGAAGGGCACACUGCAGCAGAACAUUUCCUCCAGUACCAAAACCAUACAGGAACUUAAAGGCCAGUUGAAUCAGCUAAACGAUGACCUGGGGAAGCUUCAGAAGGAGCUGCAGAGUUGCCAAGGCAGCAUCAAAACCCUUAACAGCAAGCUCACAUAUGACAUGACCCAUUGUCAGUCCCAGGUCCUGUCCCAGAAGGAGUUGUGUGAUGAGAGAGUGGCCGCUGCUAAACUUGAAGUUCAGAAGAAGAUGGAGAAGCUCAUCCCUCCUCCAGCUGUCUCCUCACAGGAAAAUGCAGUGGAUGGAGCAGAAAAAGAUGACGGACCGGUCGUGACUGGGGUUGAUGCAGUGAAAACAUCCACUGUUGUAAGCCACACACCAAGCGAAAAUGAUCCACCGGAACUACUGACCAAUGAGAUCAUCGUGGACAAUGCUCCUGAUGCCCCAGUAAACCUGCUUCCAGCGAAGGAUCUCUCCAAAGUCGAGUCCCAGUCUCUUCCAGCUUCAGCUGCCGCAGUCAAGCAGGACAUUUUGCUACCACCAGAGGGAGCUGUCACCACCGACGAGGGCGAGGCAGACACCAGUAAACUGUUGAACAACAAUCUGACCGAGGAUAAAGAGAUGGGACUGAUGGAUGCUCAUGAAGAGGGCCCUCAGACAGACGAGGCAGACCCUGGGAUGGAAGGCAUGCUGGUUGGCCAGGUGAAGGCAGACGAGUCUCUUAUUGAUCAGAAACUUGAGGAGCAAGAUGAAUAUGACGAUCAAGUAGUGGGUAGAGUGGAUUCGGAGAAACCACAGCAGAGUAAACAGCCUGAAAAUAUGGACAAGGACAUGGAGGACGAGCUGGCUGACUAUAACGGGGACGAUGAGAACGAAGGCGAGUUCGAAGCCGACAAACAGGCCGAGCUCGCUCGAAUCUAAGGGCUGGAGUUGGAGCAGCAGCCCACACACCACAUUAGGAAGCAGGACCUGUUAAACACGUCAGCACAGCAGGUUAAUGCAGCCCCCCCCCCCAAACACAAUGAACACAAACAACAAACCCGGAUGGAAAUUUCUAUAAGAAAGACUUGUGACAUCCGGUUUGGCCGUUCCUUUCAUAAGCUCUUCCUACUGGAAUGUCUUUUAUGUGUCAUCUUAAUUGCAUUCUGUGCAUUUGGUUUGAUUACAUGUUUGUCAUUUGAAAGUGUCACGUUUUCUGUAGUCGUGUAAGAAUAUUUACAGCUUCAUAUCCAAUUCACAAUAUUCUGAAAGAGCCACAAAAAGUGAAAUAUGCAAAUGUCAGCUCAGCAUGUGCUCUCAUGUUUUCCAUCCACACCUUGUACAUAAAGCCCAGAGGGGUGUUUAUUGUGGUGACUGUUCAUUUCAGUAUGUUGAGAUGAUAUGAAGGCACUCAGUCCAGCACCUGCUUAGUUCGUAGUUCUUCAUACUCAUACAUACUCUUCAUCUCUACGUCUCAAGACUUGACACCAUUUGGCUUGAACAAUUGUACAUCUCAACAUGCCUGGAAAUCAGUAGAUUUUGAUUAUGUGAUUAGAUGUAUUGUGUAUGUUCACUCUGUAAUGACUUUAACUUAAAUGCAGCAUAAGUGAUGAUAAUGUGCAAACCCUUAUAGGGUUAUGAAGUUUGAAAUAUUGAAUUAAGUGUAAAUGAUCUGAGCGAUCCCAAAGACAGAGCUCGUCAUGCAGCACAGACAUCUUCUCUUCCACAGGUUCAACAGCAUCUGAAACAAUGCCUUAAUUUACUAUUGUACAGUCUCUCCUAGGGCCAAGACAUUUUGCUCUACAAAAAUACAAAUGAGGCUUUCCGUAACUGCAGCAAGUUAAAGGAACGUACCGAGAUUCUUGUUAGACUGCGGAGUCCAAUUGUGAUGCUAAACAGCAGCUUCUCUUGAUUGACACAUAACAAGCAGGCAAAUUCACCUUCUGGAUUAGACUUUGCCAGGUUUUAAACAUACUAUAUUACAAUAAUUAUAUUAACGAUAAUAAUAAUUAUAUUAUAAUUGCUGUAACAAUGAGCAAUCAUUUCUGAAGUCUCAGUUUGUCGAAUGGCUUUUGGUAUUUCAGUGGCAGCAAGCCUUUUAUUCUUAGCUGUAUUUGGGAUCAGUGUCACAAGCACAGACGGUGCGUGCUGCGCUCAACAUUUGGGAUCAGUAAGACAGAAUGGUUAGAGUAACAUUUUUAGAUUAUAAUGAAGGGAAUAGGUUGGACCAUCCGGAUAUUUGCAGAUAAACAAUCUCAUUUUGUUUUGAUGCAUGCCUUAUCAGUUGUGCGUACACCAGUUUCCCCCUACGGUCCGUUGCUUCACAGCGGAGGUCGCGUGUUGAGCUCAGAGUUUUGUGGAUGCUGCCUCUGCUGAAUUGAACGGACGUAUGUUUUGUGGAGAACGUGGAGGGGGAUUUUUUUGAGAAUUGCUGUAACAUUAUGAAGGACAUUCCCUUGAAGCAGGAACAGCGCGUUCAGCCAGUAGAUGUGAAUUAUUCAGUAGUGCAAAAAUAGUAUUAGUCCAUCCAACUUGAAGCUGCACUAGACUGGAAAUUGUGUGGAUGAUCGCGAACACAAACUAAUAUUAGGUAUCAGAAAUAAUGAAAAGUUUGUUAUAUUUUGUAGCGGGAUCUUUUUUUUUUGCCUUGUGUUUUAUACAGGACAGAUGAUUUAUGUUAUUUUCCAGGUACUGUAAAUUGUGACUUUGACUAACACCCACAGUAACUCAGUACGUUGUAGUGCAAUGCCAUAAUUUCCAUAAUUUCCAUAAUGCUUUUACUUCUCAACGAAGAAUCAUGUAGUGGAAAGUUAUCUUCCUAGACUCCCAUUAUUUGCCUAUCUGUCUCUGUGUGAUUACACUAGGUAGUUCAAAUGCAAUGUGCGUGUUAUACUCUGCAUGUACAGUUCACCUCUUAUGCACCUGGCUGACACAAAGACAGGUGUGCAGGAGAUAACUGAAAUCUGAUGACUCCAAAGGUUAUCCUGUCUAUUUAAAUUGUUUUAACAUCUUCAACCACAGUUAGUUAAGGUUGAAGCUGCUUAGCCACAGUUAAGUACGUUUCCCAACAGACGCUGAAUUUUAGUGAAAUGUCUCUACGAUGAUAAAAUGCACCGCACCUAUAGAGUUCCCCCAAUGAUGUUAAAGGUUCAGCCAUAUAUUCAGAAUAUAUGGAUAUACAUUGUCAUACAUUUUGUCAGAUUUUUUGUCUUUUUCACUUUUGAAGCACAGAGAGAAUAACAACAGGAACAUUGUAGAGUUGAAUAAUUUGACUGCUGCUCUCAUUAUAAGCUUCAUAUUUACAAAUACACGAUUCUACAGGCGUCAUAAAAACUUUUUCAUGCUUAUUUCGUGUAAGCUCUUCAAAACAAAUGACUAUCUUUUCACCAAAAAGGCAAAAUCAGAUGGUGUAGUACACUUUUAAAUGCGUUUCCUUCUAAAUUCAGCAUGUUUUGAUACCUUGGAGACUUUGAGAACUUGCACUGGAAUUUAAAAUGAGUUACGUGAUGAAGAGUCUAACAUUUCAGUACAAACGACUUCAUCAGGUAACUUUUCCUUUCAGGAACCAAAAUAAAAUAUUCCAAACAUUUUCCGAAGAAAUUUUAAAUUUCAAAUCUAAUUUCUCAUCCUAAGUCGUAUCAAUUUUGUUAACUUAUUUUUUAUUUUUUAUUUUUUUUUAAACGGGGCCUGGUCAUCAUGUUUUAAAAUAACCAUUCAAAUCUGGAAUCUGACUGCUGUUGGCAGGUUAAUUGUCUCCCUUUUGGUUGAUCUUGCAGGGGAACUACUACUGUUGCUGAGAUUUAAUUUUUUUGUAUUAUUGUCGUUUGUUUUCGGUUUUGUUGCCUGACCCUGCAGAGCUCAGACAACUACAGUUUUGUUUUGUAAGAAAGCUUUGUCUGCCUAUUUGUAUAAAAAGUCCCAUUUUCUGAACUAGGAGUCUGUGUACCUGAAGAGAAAAUGUUGAUGAAAAUGAAAUGAUUUUUUAUAAAUUGGAUUCUCUUUUUUUGUUGAUUUCAUAUGUUUGUAUUUUGUUUUGAACUGCUGAACAAAUUUGUGAAAGGUUUAAAUAAUCAUAGGAUUUAUCGAUGAUAGAGAAUAAAAAUUGUUUUAUUACCACUAUCAA